AUGGACCACAAAGCUCGAGCACGCUCAACCCUGUCCAAAUUGCUGAUGUCCUGCCAACGGCGUAUACACAAGUCAGUCCAAGAAAUGAUUUCUUACCUGUUGGGCUACCCAGAGGCUUAUUCUACACAUUCCUUCCACAAACUCUACUUCUACCAUCUGGCUGCUCGACUCGAGAGCUCCGAACCGUUUGAUGGCUCACACCUCGCUUCCGUCGAAGCCGCAACGCCAUCUUCAGUUCUCAUCUUCCCUGAAGAAAGCAUUCAAGCUUGCUCUGACACCAACAACCACUUCAGACAGCCUCAGUUCUAUACUCCCUCCAGUGAUGAUUAUCCUUUUCGCGGCGACGAUCUACAAGGUUGGCCCCUCUACUUCUACGCAGCUGGUGUCACACGCAUUCCGACAUCCAAAACAACAUUCAAAACUCCCGGAAACAUUCCCUUCCUACCGCAGCAUCCACGCGCAACUUCGCUUCGACAGCAAGUCUUGACAGCAACUGCCUGGAAAAUACCACAUUUGAUGGGACCGCGAAUUCCACCGGUUACAGAAGAUGCCAACAAACGCGGUCUCUUACUUUUGCUUCUGUUCAAGCCUUGGGUUGAUCUCCACCAAUUGCUUCCCAGCUCUGUCGGCUGCGCCAGCUGGUCCGAAGCCUUUGACACUUGGUUUGCUGGUCUCCUUGCUUCACUACCAUCACCUUCUACACGUGCUUCCCCCUUGAGUGCUGAAUAUUGGGCACAACGUACACUGCAUAUCAUCAACCACAUCGACAACAUGGGGCUCUCUGACCCCACAACUGCUGAUCGCGAACUCCGUUGCAAUCCUGAUGAAUUGCACGGCGUCCCCGACACCACAACCGUGGAACAUGGUCCACCUCCUGGGCAACUUGAUUCCGACUCUGACGUCAGCUGCGAUCAAACCUACGACAUAGACUACGGCGACCUGGAUCCACACGAUUUUCCCGAUGAGCCUCCUUUCCCAAAAACAGAAACAACUGUUUUCGAUCGCAUCACCGCAUGGAUCCAAGACGGCCGAUGCUCCAACUCCGUUGGCGCCAUCAACUUGAAACAAGCCGCCUACUUGCUCUUGGUUGGAACUGGCAAAACUUUCAUCACCAACUGCACCGCCGACCUCUUGCACUUCUUUCUGCCUUCUUCCACCCUGCAGGCUGCUUUCACUCAUCGGGCCGCACGUCUAGUCGCAGGACAAACUCUGCACGCCGCUUUGGCCUUACCUUUUGAUUUCAGCACUGCUUCGGCAUCAGCAAUUUCUUCCCUUGGUUCCCAGAAAGAUGCAUUGAUUCGCCUCUGGCACAAAGUCACAACAUUUUUCAUCGACGAGGUGUCCAUGAUCUCCAACGAAAUCCUAGCAUUCAUCGAUCUGCGCUGUCGCCAAAUAUUCAAUUUACAUACUACUCCAUGGGGAGGUCUUGCUCUGCGAUUAGAUGGUGACUUUCACCAACUUCCUCCAAUCGGUGCUUCCUGCCUGAUCAACCCACCACGUGCCACUCAACCAGACGCAUCAACACCAACCUCAGCCUCUUCGCCCUCCUUGAUGCACGCUGCCGCAGGCGCAGCCCUUUGGCGAUCUAUUUCCGCAGUCCUGAUACUCGAGGAAAGCCAUCGCUGCAGAGGUCCACUGCAACAACUUCUACAGGAUUUACUUUCCGAUCAAGGCAUCUCCCACGAGUCCUGCCAACAUUUACACCAUCGACUCCUUCAAACUGCAGAUGCUCGCAUGUUCCAACCCAAAUUCCACCCCAGCACCUGCACAGUCGGUGUCAUGCGGCAUACAAUCCGUGUUUGCAAGACCAUGCAAAGAGCCCAGCAAGCCGCUCAAUCCGCCGGGCACCGGCUUGUCUUAGCUGUCGCUGCAGAUCGCAGCUCUUUCGGGAACCGCAACGUGACACUGGAUCCGACACUGGCACAGGAGGCAGCCGCAGUACACACUCUAUCUGCAACUGCAAAUCUACCUGGUUUUCUUGCAUUAUAUCCUGGUGUUCAACUUUGCCUUGAGACCAAACUCUGUCCAGAACUCGGCGUCGUUCGUGGCUGCACUGUCAUCGUCGACGACAUCGUAUUGGCAGACACUGAGCCGUCGUUUCCUCGCGACCCGACAUUGCCUCCACAUCCUUUAUUGUAUUUGCCACAAGCAUUGCUCCUGCGCGAUGACUACUGGAUCGCUUGCUUCGUUUUGCUCAGCCGGGUCCAAAACAUAGACGACGUCCUUCUCCUGCGUCUCCCUGACUUUACUGCUCUGAACAAGCCCAGGCCAGAACAUUUACGUUCUGCUUACAACAUGUUCCGCACAAAGGAACAUACGACUCUUCAGCAGCUCGACAAUAUCCUGCGAGGAUACAAUCUGCAGUAUCUACGUGAUACGGUCACUCUCCCGCUGCUAGCUUCCCAUCAACCUGCUCGACCAGCACCAAAGCUUGUGCGUCGAGCCCGACGUUGA